AUGACUACAGUAUUGAGAGCCGUGUUCACGAGGGCCAGGCCAGAACCCCGUCCUCGAGAACCAGGCCAGAACCACGUCCUCGAGAACCCGGCCAGAACCACGUCCACAAGCUCAAGGCCAGAACCCCGUCCACGAGAACCAGGCCAGAACCACGUCCUCGAGAACCAGGCCAGAACCACGUCCACAAGCUCAAGGCCAGAACCCUGUCCACGAGAACCAGGCCAGAACCACGUCCUCGAGAACCAGGCCAGAACCACGUCCACAAGCUCAAGGCAAGAACCCCGUCUACGAGGGCCAGGCCAGAACCACGUCCACGAGAGCCAGGCCAGAACCACGUCCACAAGCUCAAGGCCAGAACCCCGUCCACGAGAACCAGGCCAGAACCACGUCCACAUGCUCAAGGCCAGAACCCCAUCCACGAGUACCAGGCCAGACCCACGUCCACGAGGGCCAGGCCAGACCCACGUCCACGAGGGCCAGGCCAGACCCACGUCCACGAGGGCCAGGCCAGACCCACGUCCACGAGGGCCAGGCCAGACCCACGUCCACGAAGGCCAGGCCAGACCCACGUCCACGAGGGCCAGGCCUGACCCACGUCCACGAGGGCCAGGCCAGACCCACGUCCACGAGGGCCAGGCCAGACCCACGUCCACGAGGGCCAGGCCAGACCCACGUCCACGAGGGCCAGGCCAGACCCACGUCCACGAGGGCCAGGCCAGACCCACGUCCACGAGGGCCAGGCCAGACCCACGUCCACGAGGGCCAGGCCAGACCCACGUCCACGAGGGCCAGGCCAGACCCACGUCCACGAGGGCCAGGCCAGACCCACGUCCACGAGGGCCAGGCCAGACCCACGUCCACGAGGGCCAGGCCAGACCCACGUCCACGAGGGCCAGGCCAGACCCACGUCCACGAGGGCCAGGCCAGACCCACGUCCACGAGGGCCAGGCCAGACCCACGUCCACGAGGGCCAGGCCAGACCCACGUCCUCGAGGGCCAGGCCAGAACCACAUUCAUGAUAUAUUUAAUUUUCAUCUUCAGAGAACUUGUGAUACAUUUCGAUACAUGUGA